AUGGAUGAUCGGAUGCAAUUGGUGGAUACUCGGGUUGUGGAUCUAUCUACCGGAAUUGAUGAAAUUCGUCUUACGCUGACUACUUUGAUGAGGGACCAGCAAGCACAUAGGGAGGUCGCCGGCGGGAGAGGUGGUCGUGCGGGACAGCGAGGCGGCCGUGGCGGUCGCGGUGAUGCGCUCCGACAACCACCUUUACAACCGGACUUCGUUGACGUGGACAGUGAGGACACUUUGUCUGACGUCCAUCCUUUUGCCGAGGAUUUUGCACAGGAGGACGUACCCGGUCGCCGUCAACCUCGCCGGCGGGCUGAGGGUUUCCGUUUGGCAAGAUCGCCUCCUCCACGAGCCGAGGCUGUUUUUCCGCACCCGCCGUUCCCGAAUCCAACACCAGAGGCGGCGCACCGUCCGACUGGAGAUAGGGAUGUCCGUCGUCGCCAUGAUUUCCGGCGUGCUGAGGUGGCCGAUGAGUUCCAUCAUCGAUGGCGGGCUACAGGGCGGCGUGAGCUUGCGGACUCCAACGGAGAUUUUGACGGAGAGAAUUUUCAUCAAGGCCGUCGCUUUGAAGAAUCGCGUCGUCCACUGAAUGCAAAUCGGCGAUUUGGGGAAUUUUAUCCUGCAGAAUAUGGGCCUAAUAUUUUUUGGGCUGAUGAUUUUGAUAAUUAUGGACAGCAGCGGGCCCAAAGGCACCAUACUGUGCCUGAUUUUCAUAACCAGACAUGCAGCUCAAAUGAUCUGAAUUCGUUGAGGACUUUCGUCGAGCACCUUGAGUCCUCCAUCGAUGGAUGGGAUCUCGAUUCAUCAAAUUGCUGUGGUUGGCCGGGAAUCACCUGCGGUUUCCUCUCAUCGUCUCUCAACUCCACCGCCGUAGUAGUUACGCUCCACCUGACUCGCCAAAGGCUUACUGGUAAUUUAUCUGAAUCCUUGGGCAAUUUGGGUCAUCUCAGAACCCUAAAUCUCUCCCACAACAAUCUUCGAGGCUCAAUUCCCCAAUCGCUUAUGAGCUUGCCCAAUUUGGAGACCCUGGAUUUGAGCUACAAUGACCUCUCAGGCUCUUUCCCAGGUAACAUAAACUUGCCCUCCAUCACAGCUCUCAAUGUCUCCGAGAAUGAGAUCACCGGCCGCGUUCCAGUUGAGAUUUGCAUAAACUCAACCGCCAUUAGAGCUCUAAGUGCGGAAGACAACUUUUUUAGUGGAUUUCUUCCGGUGGGAUUCGGUAACUGUUCGUCACUGGAGGAACUUAACCUCGCCUCCAACUCUCUCUCUGGAGCCAUUCCCGACGAUCUUUUUCGCCUCUUCAAUCUGCAAAGGCUGGAUCUCCGGGAAAAUCACUUCUCCGGUCGCCUGAGCGGCCUCAUGGGUAACCUCUCCAGCCUCGUCCACGUCGAUUUAUCCUCAAACAGCCUGUCGGGGAACAUUCCGGACAUUUUUGAUAGAUUGAUGCAGUUGCAAUAUUUCUCGGCACAGUCGAAUAAUUUCGGUGGGGUAAUACCAACCACACUGUCAAAUUCGCCGACCGUCGUGUCCAUUAAUUUACGGAACAACUCCUUGAGCGGCACAAUCGAUCUCAAUUGCUCGGCGCUGGUAAAUCUGGUGUCGAUCGAUCUCGCCUCCAACCAGUUUCACGGCAGUAUUCCGGAAAAUCUCCCCAACUGCACACGAUUGAGGGUCAUUAAUUUUGCUCGGAUUACUUUUUCUGGGCAAGUCCCCGAGAGUUUUGUGAACUUCCAGAGCCUCUCCUAUAUGUCCCUCUCGAACUCGAGCCUCCCCAACCUCGGUCGGACACUUGAGAUUUUGCAGCAUUGUAAGAACCUGUCGACUCUGGUCUUGACCUUGAACUUUCGAGAUGAGAUGAUGCCGAAUAAUGUGAGCCUCGAUUUUUCCGGGCUGAGGACACUUGUGAUUGCUAACUGUAGGCUCACAGGCCGUGUUCCCCAGUGGCUGAGUGGGUCCAAGAACCUGCAGCUCCUGGAUUUGUCUUGGAACCGUCUUGAAGGUUCCAUCCCAUCCUGGUUUGGAAAUAUGUGGUCUCUUUUUUAUUUGGAUUUAUCUAAUAAUUCUUUGACGGGCUAUAUCCCGUUGGAGAUCACACAGAUGCAGAGCCUCAUCAGCGGCAACAUCUCCAUCUCCAUGGAUGAGUCCUUACCCAAUUUCCCAUUAUUCGUUAGGAGGAACCAAACGAGGCUCAAGUACAGGCGGGUUGUGAGUUUUCCCCCGACAUUGGAACUGGGCAACAAUUUCUUGACGGGGCCUGUGUGGCCUGAAUUUGGGAAUCUGAGGGAGCUGCACGUUCUGGACCUGAAGCGGAAUAACUUGUCGGGGCCCAUUCCGAGUAGCCUGUCCCAGAUGACGAGCCUCGAGACUCUCGAUCUGUCAUUCAACAAUCUUAACGGGACAAUACCGUCCUCCCUUACGGCCCUAACCUUUCUCUCCAGUUUCGACGUGGCCCACAAUAGUCUGUCUGGGCCCAUCCCGACCGACGGUCAGUUCGCUACGUUCCCAAAGUCAAGCUUCGAGGGUAAUGACGGUCUGUGUGGGGACCACGGGGCCCGUCCUUGUCCACACGAAUUUACCCCUCGUGUGUCGAUUGUCCGAUCACGGAGGAGAGAUGACACUAUUGUUGGAAUGGGUGUUGGAAUUGGUGUGGGGAGUGUUAUUCUUUUCGCGCUUGUCUUUGUCAUCUUUCGGUUAUCGUGCCGGAGAACUUUUGUCAGACAAGAAAACGUGGACGAUUUUGCAGUCGAGAAGGAUGUUGACCAAGUUUCUAGCCUGGUGAUCCUUUGUCCAAUCAGGGAUGAUGAUGAUAAAGGCACGAUCCAUCUUGACGACCUCUUGAAGGCCACCGACGACUUUGACCAGUCAAACAUCAUCGGAUGCGGAGGUUUCGGGCUUGUGUACCGUGCCGUGCUGUCUGACGGGCGGAAGGUGGCGAUCAAACGCCUCUCGGGCGACAAUUUCCAGAUGGAGCGGGAAUUCCGGGCCGAGGUUGAAACUCUAUCGCGGGCCCAGCACCCGAAUCUUGUGCCCCUCCAGGGCUACUGCAAACACAGGGGCGACUGUCUCCUUAUUUACUCAUAUAUGGAAAACGGAAGUCUCGAUUAUUGGUUGCAUGAGAAGCCUGACGGUCCCGCCUCGCUCGACUGGGGGAAAAGGCUCCGGAUAGCAUGUGGAGCCGCUCGGGGGCUCGCGUACCUGCACCAAUCAUGCGAGCCACGCAUCCUGCACCGUGACAUAAAGUCUAGCAACAUUUUGCUGGACGGGAUGUUUGAGGCCCGUUUGGCUGAUUUUGGGCUUGCCAGGCUCAUUCUCCCAUACGACACUCACGUCACGACUGACCUUGUGGGGACGUUGGGUUACAUUCCUCCAGAGUACAGUCAGGCCUCAGUCGCGAGUUACAAAGGGGACGUGUAUAGUUUUGGGGUUGUGCUUUUGGAGCUUUUGACGGGCAAGAGGCCAGUGGACGUGUGUGGACCCAGAUGUAACCGAGAUUUGGUGGCAUGGGUGGGCGAGAUGAAAACACAGAAAAGGGUUGGGGAGGUUUUUGACCCAUUGGUUUAUGACAAACGACAUGCACAUGAGAUGGUUAGCGUGUUUGAGAUUGCGUGCGUUUGUUUAAAUAAAAAUCCGAGGACGAGGCCUUGUACGGGCAAGUUAGUUUUGUGGCUCGAUAGCAUUGGUUCAACCUCCGAGUUCCGACCCAAAGAUGAGUUGUUUUCAUGA